UCAUCACACGCGUCACUGGCUAGCUAGAAUAGUUGCUAACUCCUUUCGUUCUUUCAUUUAUCUCGAGAAAUGCUGUAUUCUGAUCAAGUGGCAGAGGAGGCAUUUAUAAAUACAUCAGGUGGAAUGGAAUAUUUAAUUUUGGAAUAAGUGUGAAAGGCUUGAGGUUACUUUUAGCACAAGCAGUACUUCCUAAACACCACCUAAUAUAGACACCGUAAAUAUAGAUGGUUGCCAUGGAAACUUGACCUAACAUUAGAGUAGGAAACACAACUUACGGCGUCUUGUAUGAAUUUAUUUCCACCUGGUGAACUAGAUUUUGUUGAAUAUUAGCAUAACUUAUGAGUGCUUGAAAAUGUCGCGUCAGCAUUUAAAAGUGAAUGUUCGUCUUCAGGUCUUAAAGGUGAAUAGCCCUGGAAUGUGCAGAGCGGGAAGCAAAGGGGACCUGCUUCUGCACCUAUGGAUUAUGGACCGAACAUUUAGAACUGCAAGUUUGCCCGCGUCAUUUCCUUUGCACUUUAAUCAAACUUUCAAUAUUUCCAAGGUGUAUGACGCGACUGAUUUGUUCAGCCUGCACAGUCGCCUAGCGUCCGAGUUUAUUCGUCUAGAGCUUCAGGAAUCAGCCCCAGGACUGCGCUCCAUAGCAAUCUUCAAGAGCUCCCUUGUGAGCUUACUUUUUCCUGAAAGUGGAAGUCUCAGCUCCGCACCAAUAACCACGUUGCAAAUGCAACCACUCUGCCAUUUUCCCGGAUUGCUGGGACCGGAUAUCGAGGUUUCGACUAGAGUUUGUAUUCAGCAAGUGACUGAACCUUCUCCGCAUAGCUUCUGCAUGCCUCAAAAGAAAAUCCCAUCAGUAGCAAUUAGUCCAUGUCGACAAGUGAAGUUUGGAAAUCGUUGCUCGAAGCUUUCCUGCCGAGACUGUGUUCACAUCAAGACACAUAAGCCACCGUUUGUCGUGAGACACGUUGACUCUGAUAUUUUGCAUUAUUCAAAGACUCCAAGUCCCUGCAAGAUAAGAAAUAAGAGGUCGAUCUACCAGUCGGAGCUUUCAAGUGGCGCAGAAGAUUUUCAUCCAGAAAUCCUAAGUGAUUGCAAAUGCAGCGUUUGUCGUCUAUAUGAACAAUAUUUUGGAAAAUCUUAUCCUCAACACUGUGGAAACGAUGACGAUGAAGGUUUUGCUGACUUAACUCAGAGCAACGAGUGCUGUUGCUGCUUCCGUCACAAUUCAGCAUGAAAUCGUCACUAAUAAAGGAUUUUGUGUGUCA